GCAAUCCAAUAGAAAUCUACUAAUUUUGUCAUUUACCUGUUGCUUCAUUAAAUCUUUAAUCACAAAACCCACGCAAGCUCAGCGACCACGUUCAUGGCUGAGCCCCCAUGGCCACUUUUCGCUCAGUAAAUCUCUUUCAAGUCAACCAAACAUGGCUGCAAUUCUUCAAUUCCCAUUCCCCUCCUCAUUUGGGUCGUUUGCCCCUUUCCUUCCCCUCACCUCCCCAACUUUUCUCUCUCCAUUCACACCCCCACUUUUCGUUUCUCUCUACUCCAAUUUUCCCCUCCCGCACUUUCUCUUUGAGAUUUCGCUCCAAAAUCCGUCGGAAACACUGCUCAGUUGCCGCAGUUAUGUUGUUUCCUGAAAAUCCGGUGGUCUCCGAUAUCUGCGCCACCGCCUUAUCCAGUGGAGUCGCUUUAUCUCUGCUUCAAUUAUGGGUGGAAACCGCGAAACGUGGGCUCGACCAGAAAUUGAACAGGAAGCUUGUUCAUAUAAGCAUUGGGCUUGCUUUCAUGCUUUGCUGGCCUAUGUUCAGUUCUGGUUAUCAAGGAGCAAUAUUUGCAUCUCUAAUUCCCGGUGCCAAUGUAAUACGAAUGCUCGUGCUGGGAUUCGGGAUAUUGAAAGAUGAGGCUACGUUAAAGUCAAUGAGCAGAUAUGGAGACUACAGGGAGCUUUUGAAGGGGCCUUUGUAUUAUGUUGCAACUAUUACAUUAGUUUGUAUAUUCUACUGGAGGACAUCCCCCAUUUCAAUUGCUCUGAUAUGCAACUUAUGUGCUGGAGAUGGGUUUGCUGAUAUUGUUGGAAGACGAUUUGGAAGUGAAAAGAUCUUUUACAACGAAAACAAGUCACUUGCUGGUAGUGUGGCAAUGGCAACUGCUGGUUUUUUUGCAUCUAUUGGAUAUAUGUACUAUUUCUCCUCGUUUGGGUAUGUUGAGGCAAGCAUCGGAAUGGCUUUGAGAUUCUUAAUUGUGUCCCUUGCCUCGGCAUUGGUGGAGUCUCUCCCCAUAAGCACUGAGCUUGAUGACAACCUCACUGUUCCACUCACUUCAUUGCUGGUAGGGAGCCUAGUUUUUUAGACUUUUUUGAGCGACAACUUGGCUUUUCACGAUGUGAUUGGACAUGGAGGAUUUCUUACAAAUCCUAUUUGAUAUGUUGUAUUAUUAUGUUAACUGAAUAGAUUCUACUAAACCAGCUGAUAUUAGACAUUAGUAAUGAAAUUCUACCGAAGCUAUUGUUAUGAAAA